CGCGAUUUUGUUUGCAUGAUCAACUUCGCUCUUAAUAUUUAUCUCCCGGAAGAUGACAACUCGUUGUGAAAGUAGAAAUAAGAGCAUCCAUAUCUUUUAUUAGAGAGAAGUUUGAAGGAUAUUCAUUUGUUUUUUGAGGGAAGUUUGUGCUAUAUGUAAAGCAGCUUAGAUCAUAAAACAGUUUUUGAUAGCAAGAUAGCACAACUGAAGGCAAAAGUUCACAAGGAAAAUAUAUUAUUAUGAAUUAAUAUGGGAGAUGCAGAAAUUUAUGAAAAUGUUCCACAAGGCAAAAGUGACUCAGAUGUCACAGAGAGAGGAUAUAUACUUAUGUCCGACAAGAAAUGCAUCAAAUGCCAAUUGAAUGGGAAUCCAAAUAUCAAAUGCAAAUGUCAAGUUCAACAAGCCAGCAAGGGAAACAACACAGGGUGUGUAACAAGUGUUAAUAAAAUACCCCAAAGUGAAGACUAUGAGAAUAUGAAAGUCACAAGAAUGAAAAAUAUGGAAAAGAUAGAAACAUUAAGGAAAGAGACUUUACAGAAAGAAGCCAACAAGUCCAAUAAGGCGGACCAGCGUUUAUAUGACAAUCCCUCGGAGGAAAAUGCCAGGAAUUGUGACUGUUGUUCUGUAUCGUAGAUCACGUAUGUUCCAAAUGUCAACGGUUGUGUUCUAAAGCCAUUAAAGUAGUAACGAAAAGACGUAAAUUUAAAAAUGUAUCAAUCAGUGCACCGUACAAAUUUAACAUGGAUAAGUUUAUUAUGAAAUUAGAAAACUCAAUGAACCUUAUCCUAACAAUUAUGUACAGUGUUCAUAACCUUCUUGUGGCUCUGUGGUCUAAUGCUUUAUAAAACAGUUAUGUAUCUUUGUUUCAAUGACUGUUUUUUUUAAUUUAACUUAUUUAGAUACUACGUUUUAUACGUUAUUUUACUUAUUUCCGACGGCGAAAUAAGUUUCUACGAUGUCCUUAUUGGCAAGCAUUAAGAAAACAUGAGUGUGUUUUGUUCGCUUUAUCAUACAUAACAAUGUUUUGACGAUCUGAGUGACAGAAGUAAAAGUUAAUUUCUUUCUUUCUUUUUGCACCGUGAGAUCUGUAUUUGUUUAUUGUAACCAGGGAUGUUUUACACAUUCACAAAUCGUUGUUGAUUUUUAUCAUAAACUCCAAAAGCUUUGGUUUGUGUUGUUUGUUAAGGACCCUUUCGAGAAUUAUAUCCUCAUACGCUACCAUUUGCCGGUGGAGGUCUGUAAACUUUAGACCUAUGCUAUCGGGGAUAUUGAGCGGUGAGGAAUCUUUUUUACUGUGUUUAUUGCGACACGGAAGAAUUGAUUUGGUCUUAUCUGAAGACCAAUCUCAAUACCCUGCGAUGGGAUUCGAACCUGCGAGCGCAUGGAUCAACUCCUUACACCUCAACUAUGCACCGCUCGUUUUGACCACUCAUUCAUUCGGGAGACAAAUAACGUUUCGUAGAAAGAAAAAAAAAUAGAUAUGGAGAAACCAACGAAUUCAUGACCACCAUGAAAUGUAAAUUAUUACUCAACACUUUUCGACCUCGGAAUUAAAUCCCUUCAAUCAAUAUUUUUUCCUCAAACCUCGAAAAUAUGACCCCACAAAAAUGUGAUUUUAUAGUACUUUCUUUAUUACAAUAUGAUAAAGUUUUAUCUAUAUUUCAUUUUCAUUAUUCUGAUAUUGAAGAAGUAUGAAAAAAUAUGAAUACGAUAUGAAAACGAUUGGCUCUCUUAAAGGAAGUACAAAACAAGUAGACAAUAAAUUAAAACCAA